AGAAGCACCUCGAGGAAGGAGGAUUGAAGAAGAAUUAAAAUGGUUGUAAGUUCAAUCAGAAUUUUUUUAAAAGUCAAUAGAAUAAUCAAAUUCACUCAACAUCGAAGACGUUGGAUGAGUACUUUAGUAAAUGAGAAACGAGGCUUAAUUUUGGGUGCCUUUGAGAAAGGAGAGAAGGAAGAAGGAUUUCUGCUGACGCCAACUGCUCAGAAAUACGAUGCCGAAGUUCAAGGACGUUUAACUGAACUUUUGAAAAUAUCUGGACCAACAUUAAAGAAAGGAAAAUCUAGAAUCUUUUAUGGAGUUGAUCAGCAAUACUGUUGUGUAAAUGUUGUUGGUCUUGGUUCAUCAACUGCUGGAUAUAACGAACAAGAGGAAUAUGAUGAGAAGAAAGAAAAUAUACGUGUAGCUAUUUCAGUUGGAACAAAGCAGCUGCGAGAAUGUGGUGCAGUUGAAAUUGAUGUUGAUACAUGUGAUGAUUCAGAAGCUGCUUCUGAAGGUGGCCACCUAGGCUUAUUUUCAUAUGAUGAACUAAAGGCAAAAUCAUCGCAGAAACCAAUUGUUACUUUACGACCUUUUGGAAAUGAAGGCUUAGAUAAAUGGAAAAUUGGUAUGGUAAAAGCAGAAGGACAGAAUAUUGCUAGACGAUUAAUGGAAACUCCUGCUAAUAUUAUGACUCCAACAAGAUUUGCAGAAAUAGCUCAUAAUCUAUUGACUCCAUUAGGAGUUCAAGUUAUUAUCAGAGAUAAAGCUUGGGCUGAAUCUCAGAAAAUGGGCUCCUAUUUAAGUGUUGCUAAAGGAUCAGAUGAACCACCAAAAUUUGUUGAACUAAGCUAUGAUGGAGCUGGACCUGGUGUUAAACAUUUGGCAUUAGUUGGAAAAGGCAUUACUUUUGACAGUGGUGGAAUUUCCAUUAAGCCCUCUUUACAUAUGGACUUAAUGCGUGCUGACAUGGGUGGUGCAGCUUGUAUAAUUGGAGCAGUUUAUGCUGUUGCUAGUCUUAAGAUUCCUAUAAAUAUAGUUGGAUUAAUGCCACUUUGUGAAAAUUUGCCGAGUGGUCACGCUAAUAAACCUGGAGAUGUAGUGACAGCAAUGAAUGGGAAAACAAUUCAAGUGGAUAAUACUGAUGCAGAAGGACGUCUAAUAUUGGCAGAUGCUCUAUGUUAUGCUCACACGUUUAAUCCACAAAUGAUAAUAGAUCUUGCAACAUUAACAGGAGCUAUGGAUGUUGCCCUUGGAUCUGGAGCUACUGGUGUUUUUACAAAUUCUACAAAAAUGUGGGAAAUUAUUCAUGAGGCAGGGAAGUUCACCGGAGACAGAAUGUGGAGAAUGCCCCUUUUCCAUCAUUAUAGUAAACAAGUGACCGAAUGCCAUUUGGCCGAUCUCUGCAAUAUAGGAAAACACGGAAGAUCUGGAGGAUGCUGUACAGCAGCAGCCUUUUUAUGGGAAUUUGUUACAAUGCCCCAAUGGAUGCAUUUAGAUAUUGCUGGUGUAAUGGAAAACAAAGAUGAAUGCCAAUAUCUUUGUAAAGGUUUGGCAGGAAGACCAACUCGAACACUAGUGGAAUUUAUGUCCGCCUUAGCAAGACAGAGUUAAUCAUGCUUACUGGAAUGAUUUACUACAUAAAAGCAGUUAUUUUCAGUUAAUUUUUGUAUUGACUGUUUGUUUUGGGAUUAUACUUGGUGUGAUGGCUGUAAUGAUCAAUACAGAGAUACUAUUUGUAUCAAAAAACUGAUUAAACCAAAAUGUGAUAAAA